UUCAUUCUCUGUUGUAUUUGAUUAAAUUCCAAGUACAGCCAGCACACAUUUAAAGACAGUCCUUUUCUUUCAAUUCGAAAUGUUGCAUUCAAAAUUAUGGAAUUUUGGGCUUACAUGUGCGUGAUUUCUUUCAAUUCAAUGCUUAUUUUAGCGUCUUUUUGUUUGAUCGAUUUGAUGAGGGAGAAGUUAUCGACAAAACUGGGGAAAUUGUUGCUGUGAUUUUCUUCAAUUUGAGGAAUGUAUUGAAUAUGCAGCGUCGGGAGUGAAUUGUUUGUUAUGUUGAAGAAUUUCGUUAUUGUGCUUCGAGGAUUGCAUGCAUCAAGGUUUGAUUUGGCUCCGUUUCAUUCCCUGCUUUUUUGGAGGAGGAAAGAAAUAUCGAAUUUUAAAAUUCUGUGUUGUCAUUUGAAAUUCUUCACUGGUUCAGUGUCGUAAUUUUGGAAUUCAGAGGCUCGGGUUUGAGAGUCUUUUGUAUUAGGGUUUGUGUACGUAUUCAUGUAUAUCGUAGAUCAAGGAAGUCGUGGUUGGACAAUCAAUUCUGGAAUUUUGAAGGAAGCGGUGUUUAGAUACUCGAUUCUGGAAUUUUUCUCUUUCCUUCUGUGUGCGUGUAUUGGAGAAUGGAGAAUGAAUGAAAAGUUGCUGCAGUUUCUCUAGUUUGAAUAUAGAGGGGUUUGAUAUAGUUGGUAAAAAAUCUAGGUGGCUGCCAAUCAGUGUCAAAAGCUCUUGAUGGGGUUAUUUUGGUUGGCAUUAGUGAGUGGAUAAUUUUCCAGGAUACUCUUUUAUCAUAUUUUGUGAGUGGCAGGGGAUAUAGAAGGAUACAAAAGUUGGAGGAAAUGAGAAUAUCACAAUGAGAGGGAAAGGUGAGUUAUUUAGUAGAUGGAUUCUCCAAAUAGGACAUUCCCUGAUAUAGUAGGUUUGGUAAAGUCUUGGAUCCCUUGGCGGUCUGAGCCUGCACAUGUUUCGAGGGAUUUUUGGAUGCCUGAUGAGAGUUGCAGGGUAUGUUACGAGUGUGAUACGCAGUUCACCUUGUUCAACCGUAGGCACCAUUGUCGACUCUGUGGUAGAAUUUUCUGUUCUAAGUGUACUUUAAACUGCAUUCCUACGUUGUCCAGUGAACCAAAGCUUCCACCAGAGGAUUGGGAUAAGAUUAGGGUGUGCAACUAUUGUUUCAAGCUAUGGGAACAGGGAUUGACGGCGCCUGUUGAAAAUGGGAACCAGGUUGCUGAGCUGGAACACAGCAGUUCUUCUCCAUCAGCUACCAGUUUCAUCAGCACCAUGUCCAGCAACUGUGACAGCAGUAGCAUGACAUUUGUAUCACUACCAAAGUCUGUUGGUCGCAGCCCAUCAAUAGCAGGAGCAUCUAUUGAAAGACAAAGUACUGCAGCAGCAAUGAAUAAUGAUCGUGAUGUGGGCAUAGGAGAGCAGAAUCUAUCCCAAGACCAACUAAAUUGUUUACCAUGCAGAAGUGAUGAUGAAGAUGCAGAAUUUGGAGCGUCUCACUUAGCAAGUAACUAUUCACAGGUUAAUGACUACUUUUGUAAUGUUCAGUUUGAUGACAUUGACAGCAACUAUGAUUCAUGCAAAGCUCAUCCUGAUGGAGAUACUGUCAAUUCAAGAAGCAUGGAAAACUAUCCAACACAGAGUAGUUUUAAUUUCCAGGCUUCUGAAGAAGCCCAACAAGUUCUGGGAAAAACCAUUGAAAAUGAUAUUAGUGAUGAAUGCGAGGCACCUUCUUCUUUGUACGUGGCUGAAGAUGUGGAUCUUGAACCUGUGGAUUUUGAAAACAAUGGAGUGCUCUGGCUCCCUCCUGAACCAGAAGACGAAGAAGAUGAAAGGGAAGCACUUCUAUUUGAGGAUGAUGACGAUGACGACGAUGCUGCUGCUAGUGGAGAGUGGGGAUACUCGAGCAACUCAAACAGCUUCCAGAGUGAGGAGAACAGAGAGAAAGACAAAACUAAUGAGGAGCAGAAAAAAGUCAUGAAGAGUGUAGUUGAUGGUCAUUUUCGGGCUUUAGUGGCUCAGCUCUUGCAGGUUGAGAAUAUUCCUUCAGGGGAUGAAAAUGAUGAAGAGAGUUGGUUAGAAAUAAUCACUUCAUUGUCAUGGGAGGCUGCUACAUUAUUAAAGCCAGAUAUGAGCAAAAGUGGGCAAAUGGACCCAGGAGGCUAUGUUAAAGUAAAAUGUUUGGCUUCUGGGUGUCGAAGUGAGAGUAUGGUGGUGAAAGGAGUUGUCUGCAAGAAAAACGUGGCUCAUCGUAGGAUGACAUCAAAAAUCGAGAAACCUCGUAUGCUGAUCCUUGGAGGGGCUCUUGAAUACCAUCGGGUUUCUAAUGCUCUUUCAAGCUUCGAUACUCUAUUGCAACAGGAAAUGGAUCAUCUUAAGAUGGCUGUUGCAAAAAUAGAGGCACACCAUCCCAACAUUCUUCUGGUGGAAAAAUCUGUUUCACGAUAUGCACAGGAGUACCUUCUUGCAAAAAAUAUAUCACUCGUUUUGAAUAUUAAAAAACCGCUAUUGGAGCGCAUAGCCCGGUGCACUGGCAGCCAGAUAGUUCCUUCAAUUGAUCAUCUGACAUCCCCAAAAUUAGGAUAUUGUGACAGAUUCCAUGUUGAGAAGUUUGUGGAAGAGCAUGGCUCUUCUUGUCAGGCUGGAAAAAAGCUGGUAAAGACACUGAUGUAUUUUGAAGGUUGUCCAAAACCACUAGGCUUCACGAUACUCCUACGAGGUGCCAAUGGUGAUGACUUGAAGAAAGUGAAGCAUGUUGUGCAAUAUGGAAUUUUUGCGGCUUAUCACCUGGCCUUGGAGACAUCUUUUCUAGCUGAUGAAGGUGCCUCUCUGCCAGAACUUCCUGUAAAUGCUCCAAUCACUGUGGCACUUCCAGAUAAGCCUUCAAAGAUUGACAGGUCCAUCUCUACUAUACCUGGUUUUACGGUCCCAGAGAAUGAGAAAACUCCUGGGCCUCAAACUGUUGAUGAACCACUUAGGUCGGUCAGUGUGCCUAGUUCAGAACUCAUUAAACUUUCGACUCCAUCCACUCCUGUAAAUGAAUAUGCAAAGACGCCUGACCUUUCUGCUAUUAUGAGCUCUCACUACACUGACCCGCCAUCAUUUUCUACCGAAGGCUUUCAGCACUCAUUGAAUGACCACUCACCUUGGCAUGGAUCAGAAGAAACAGGCUUCGAAGAGUUCUUUUGGUCUCCCGAAGCAAAUAUUUUAGAUGCAGAGAGAUUAACUGCUACCGGAGAUUGCCAUAUCAGUAGUGAUUUUGGGGAUUCAGACGUCAAAAUCUUGCAAGGCGAUCUCUUUAACAAUGACCAUAACCAUAACAGGAGUGUUUCACUUCCACCAUCUUUUGAAGUUAAUGGAGAACAAAUUCUUGAGGAACAACCUACACUAAAUGAAGACUUCCAACCUACUCCUUCAGACCAUCAGAGUAUCUUGGUUUCGUUAUCAUCACGAUGUGUGUGGAAGGGAACUGUCUGUGAAAGAUCCCAUCUUUUCCGAAUCAAAUACUACGGGAACUUUGACAAGCCUUUGGGUCGUUUCCUACGAGAUCAUUUGUUUGAUCAGAAUUAUAGUUGCCGCUCAUGUGAGAUGCCUGCAGAAGCCCAUGUUCAAUGCUAUACUCAUCGACAAGGUACCCUUACAAUCUCAGUUAAGAAACUGGCUGAAAUUCUUUUACCUGGUGAGAAGGAUGGAAAGAUUUGGAUGUGGCACCGCUGCCUGAAGUGCCCCAGAGCUAAUGGCUUCCCUCCUGCAACUCGAAGAGUUGUAAUGUCUGAUGCUGCCUGGGGACUGUCCUUUGGAAAGUUUUUGGAGCUUAGCUUUUCAAAUCAUGCUGCUGCUAGCAGAGUGGCAAGUUGUGGGCAUUCUUUACAUAGAGAUUGUCUUCGGUUCUAUGGAUUUGGUAACAUGGUUGCUUGCUUUCGUUAUGCAUCAAUUGAUGUUCACUCAGUAUACUUGCCACCUUCAAAGCUUGAGUUCAAUUAUGAAAGUCAGGAGUGGAUACAGAGAGAAGUGAAUGAGGUGGCUUCUCAGGCCGAGCUUUUGUUCUCCGAAGUGCUUAAUGCUCUGCGUCAUCUGGUAGAAGGAAAAUCUUGCUCAAGUAUGCUCAGUAAUGGCAUAAAUGUUCCUCAAUCAGCACAUCACCUAGCAGAUCUUGAAGUGACAUUGCAUGAAGAAAAAAUUGAAUUCGAGGGGUAUCUUCGGAAUAUUGUGAACAAGGAACCAAAGAAAGGACAACUAGCCAUUGACAUUCUUGAGAUCAAUCGACUCCGAAGGCAACUUGUAUUUCAGUGUUAUGUUUGGGACCACCGCCUGAUAUAUGCAGAUAGUUUAGAUAACAAGACGCUACAAGAUGAUGUGGAGGUUAGGAAUCCAGAAACUGUUCAGAAACAUGCUGUUAAUGAGAAUCUUUUGGAGGUAGCAGUCCCAGUUAAAACAGGCAAAGCCAUAGGUGGUUCUGGUUCUGUCUCUGCAAAUUCAAAAACUGCGAAAGUCCGUCACAGGCAUGGUCUAAGUGAUCAACAAGGAAAUCAUCAUGUUUUGGCACUCCAUCAAAGAACUACUUCAUUUUUUGUCAGUGAUUUUGCUGGAACGAAAACCAGAGAUGAAUCUAAUAUUGUGCAAUCUGAUCGUUGUCUUCGGAGAUCCCUGUCUGAUGGGCAAGUUCCCUUUAGUUUGACAGAGUCUCUGGAUGCAGCAUGGACUGGCGAAAAUAAUCUAGGUUUCGGGAUCACCAAGAACAAUAAUUUAUCUGAUGAUGAUAAGUCACCCACUGCGGAACUUUCAGAAAAGCUGGACCAAGAAAACCAUGGAGAGGAUCUGCCAUCCACUGAAUUUUCCAAAAAUUCUAAUAAUACAGAGGAAACUGUAAGCUGGUUGGGGAUGCCAUUUAUGAGUUUCUAUAGAUCAUUGAUCCCGGGGAGUUCGCAUAAACUGGAUACACUAAGUGAUUAUGCUCCUGUGUACAUUUCAUCAUAUCUGGGAUCUGAGCUCCAAAGUGGGGCCAGGUUGCUCCUGCCUGUUGGAGUUAAUGACAUUGUUGUUCCAUUGUAUGAUGACGAACCUACCAGUAUAAUAUCUUAUGUUCUGCUUUCAGAUGAUUAUGCUCAUCAACUAUCUAAUGAGGCAGAGAGACAAAGGGACGGUGUUGACUCUCUGCUUCCUACGCAGUCCCUCGACUCUCUGAAUCUCCCCCAGUCUCACUCUUUCCAUGAAAUGAUGUUGGAAUCUUCAAAAAGUUUUGGCCCAAGCGAUGAGACAUUUCUAUCCCUCACAACUUCUCGAAGUUCCUUGCCCUUUCCCUUGGAUCCUCUCUUACACACGAAAGCGUCACAUGCCAGGGUGUCUUUCGAGGUUGAUGGACCCCUUGGACAGGUAAAAUACACUGUCACUUGUUACUUUGCAAAGCGUUUUGACGCCUUGAGGAGGAUGUGUUGUCCAUCUGAAGUUGAUUUCAUUAGAUCUCUUAGCCGUUGUAAGAAGUGGGGUGCUCAAGGUGGUAAGAGCAAUGUCUUUUUUGCAAAGACUUUGGAUGAUCGAUUCAUCAUUAAGCAAGUGACUAAGACAGAGCUGGAAUCGUUCAUUAAAUUUGCACCUGGAUAUUUUAAAUAUCUCUCUGAAUCAAUUGCCUCUGGAAGUCCAACGUGCCUUGCUAAGAUUCUUGGAAUCUAUCAGGUUGGAUCCAGACUAGAGAAAGGAGGGAAGGAAUCAAAAAUGGACUUUCUUGUUAUGGAGAACCUCCUUUUCGGGAGAAAUCUGUCUCGACUUUAUGAUCUUAAAGGGUCCUCCAGGUCACGGUAUAAUCCCGAUACUUCUGGGAGCAACAAGGUUUUAUUGGAUCAGAACUUGAUUGAAGCAAUGCCCACUUCUCCAAUAUUUGUUGGAAACAAAGCCAAGAGAAUAUUGGAAAGAGCAGUCUGGAAUGAUACUGCUUUUCUUGCUUCUGUAGAUGUUAUGGAUUACUCACUACUGGUUGGGGUGGAUGAAGAGAAGAACGAGCUUGUUCUUGGUAUCAUCGACUUCAUGAGACAGUACACGUGGGACAAGCAUCUCGAGACUUGGGUGAAGGCAUCGGGCAUUCUUGGAGGCCCCAAAAACGCCUCACCAACCGUGAUAUCUCCAAAGCAAUACAAGAGGAGAUUCAGAAAAGCUAUGACUACCUACUUCUUAAUGGUCCCUGACCAAUGGUCGCCUCCUGCAUCCGUCCCCGCUAAGCCACACACUGACUUAUCUGAAGACAACCAUUCACAAACCACGACCCCUGCUGGGUAAAACCUCGGUUCAUCAUUACCACGAACUACUCAAGACUCGAUCCGUGUCUCAGGUUUCCCUAUUUAUGUAUAUGCUUGUUUGUCAGUCUUCGUGUUCAUCUGGAAUCCAGUUUGGCUUCUCUUAUAGUGUUAGAAUCCGUGAUUAUUUGUUAGGAAAGAAAAAAGUAUAGCAAAAUUAGGGAGUCCUUGAAAUCAAGACUCCUCUGGAGAUCUACAUAUUUGAUGAUCUCCUCAAAAAAGGUAUUUUCUUGUAAACAUGUUCUUCUCUUAUAGUUCUCCAAUUUUUUUAAUUUUUUGUGUAUGUAUUUUGAACUCAAGUGUAUAUUCAAUUGACAAUGUAAGUGCCAUUCUUUCUUUGUAUAAAGCGAGGUUCCAUUA